UCGAGUUGACGUCAUCAGGGGAACGGUUUGCUUGUUAAUGAUUUCGUUGAGCUUUCGAGACGUGAAGCUAAUCUUGGCUUGAUUGAGCCCGGUUUCUCCUUCGUUUUGCCAUAGAUUGAUAGAGAGUUAGAUUCUUAAUUUAUAACGAGGCGAAAACAUCUUACCGUCCAUAUGCGACAGCUGGGAAUGAGUAUUUCUACGGCCGAUAAGGAAUUGGAAUUCGCCGAUCCGAAGGAAGAGGCGACUUACUGGAAGCAAGUAGCCGAGGAUUUAGAGCGAAAGUUGCAAGAAGCGAGAGAUGAACUCGACGAGUUUCAAGAAGGUAGUCGUGAAUUAGAAGCAGAAUUGGAAACGCAGUUAGAGCAAGCAGAAGCCAGACAGCGAGAACUUUUGUCAGCAAAAACACGACUAGAAACGGAGAACGAAAGCUUAAAGGCGAGACUAGAUGCAAGCCAGAAUGAAUCCUAUCUUACGAUAUCAGCGCUACAAGAUGAAGUAGCCCAGCUUAAAGCCGUUCGAGAAGAAGUUCAAAAAUACGUUCGGGAACUCGAACAGGCGAAUGACGAUCUGGAAAGAGCGAAAAGGGCAACAGUGUGCUCACUGGAAGACUUUGAGCAGAAGCUGAACCAGGCCAUAGAAAGAAAUGCUAUUCUUGAAAAUGAGUUAGAUGAAAAGGAGACCCUCCAAGAAUCAGUACAAAGACUGAAAGAUGAAGCAAGAGAUCUUCGACAAGAACUUGCGGUGAAAGAAAAAGAGAGAAAAAAACCUGGUGAUGGAUUAGAAUUUAGCAAAGAUAAAGAGAGUAACAAAGAAAAUAAAGAGCCAUUGAAAAUAGAGGGAUCUCCAUUGAAACCAGAAACUACAAGCCAGACAUCAGAUUUCCAUGCUACAACUGCUUCCAUAGGAACAUCACCACUCCACACAGGGUAUGGCACUUCUCCGCUGACUCCAUCUGCACGAAUAUCUGCACUAAACAUUGUCGGCGAUCUGUUGAGAAAAGUAGGGGCCCUUGAAUCUAAACUGGCUUCAUGUCGAAACUUUGUUAAAGAUCAACCUCGAAAUCCAAGAGGAUCAACUGGGUCUAACAGCCCUUCAGAGUCUCCAAGGCCAAGCAGAAUUCCCAAGAGCAGUUACCAAAACCCAGGAAUGCAGGGACUGGUUAAGGUUCAGGUGUAAUGAAAGAAACAUGUGAGAGAAUACUAAAUCUGACUGUUCUGUAAAGAAGAGCUGCUUUUCACAACAUUCCGGGGAACGCUGGUCAGUGUUGAUGCAGGUGUUGCCUUAAAAAAAAAAAAAAUGGAACUAAAGCCAGAAGUUUUGAAAAACAGCCCAAUGAAUGAGUCUGGUUGUUUGUAAAUCCUUUGAAUUAAAUUCCUGAAGUGAAUUUCAAGGUAGUGGUUGUUAACCAAUUUUAAUAUUAAGUUGCUAACUUGAAAAUUCAAUCGAAUUUUAAAUAUAGAGCAGAAUUUGUGUGUCCAAUUUGUACAGAUAUUUUGUAUAGCUGUUGAAGCAUUUUAUUGUAACAUAGUUGCAGAUUUCAUUAGCACAAGAAAGAUUCCUUAUGAAAAAUGGUGAGACAUUUAAGAAUAUUUAAUUACAGUGGUACUGUAUGAAAGCAAGUUGCUAACUACAGUUAUUAAAAAUUCCCAAUACUU